AUCAGUAUUUUCAGUCCUCCACACGCCAACCUUCGGACUGUGCUAUGGGGCCCCUUGUGCCCCAAGCGCUGGAAAUCUCGGUGUGUGUGUGUGUGAGCUCAGGUAUGGUUGCUACUGCAGUUUGGAUCAAAGCCCUUGUUUGUUUGGUCUGAGCAGCUUGCAAGUCUUGACGUUUGGUCGUCUGAAUCCAGCUCCUGGACCUGCAGUUCUCCUUGCAGCCACUGCAGGCUGGAGGGGAAAAGGGUUAAAGAGCCUUUCCUUAACCAUAACACAAAUGUGCAAGAAAUACUUGGACAAGAACGGUAUGUCAGGAGUGCCCUGGAGAAGAGGGACAGCUGUUUGUUUAUCCUCCCCCAAAGUACAAUCUAUUUAAAUAUUGACAUGAUCUCUUGCUAAAAGGCUUUCUUUUCUUUCCUGGUUUAUUAUUAAGUUAUGAAUGGGGGAGAGGGAGAGAUUUGUAAUUGCUAAUUCUUCCACUGUGUUGAAAAAGUGUAUCCGUUGUUCUGUUUACUCUGAUAAAUACAGUAGUAGUGUUUUCUAACAGAUUUAAAUUGUUUGACUGAGGCUUGCACUUUGCUGUUUAAUAUUAUUGCUUCUUCUCUGCAUGUGUCAUAUAUUUUAUAAUCUUAAUAGGCUAUCUGAACAUACAGCAAAAAUAGGAAAUUUCAGACAAUGCAGCCUUGAAGAGAAAGCAGUGGAAGACUAACAUGUAGAUCAUUUCAGAAGAUGAAUAAUAAUACAAUAAUAAAAUAAAGCACUUGUCAAUGCAGGAAUUAUAUAUUCAGUAUUUUAUGAAUAGUUCUGAAUGGCCUCGAGGCCCUUCACUGAUGAACACACACGUCUUCUAGCCUUGGUCACUCUCUGUGUAUCUGGUCUGCGUAGACUCUCCUGCUAGGUCACUGCAUCUAAAAUUGUGUAAUUCUUCAGAGCAUAUAUUUGUACGUCUUAGUUUAAGAAUCAGCAAUAUUUAAUGACAUUAAACAUCUUGAAUUACAGAGCUCUUGCAGGGAUGGGAAUAGUAAAAAUACAGCUCCUUUGGCUCCAGAGGAGAGACUAUGGCAAGUGGUUAGUAUUACACGUAGGAAGUAAUCUUUUUAAAUCCAUAGAUCGGGGGAGACACUGCAGUUAACAGGGCUGCAGGCUUUGUUGGAGUGAGGCUUUGGCCAUUAACCACCGUUGGAAAUCAAAGCUAUUCUACUUCAGUGUAAAAUGAGUUUUACAAAGAAUGUGUUUUGCACACGAUACGAACCUUGAGACACAAUUUGAAAAUAAUUUAGUAUGAGAGUCUCUACUUAAUUUGAUAGUAGACAGUAAGUGUUUCAUGUUGUCUUUUCACAGUCUUAAUUUCAUCAGACGUGCAACCGGUGUAGGAGAGCUGUUUGUUUUUGAAGGGUGGUCUGUAUGUACCCUAGGUAGCCUUUCACCCCUUUCUGCUGAAGUGACUGACCCAACUCUGAGAGGCUUUGACAAGGUCGGUUCUUCAUUUUCAGAAGUUUGCAGCCCUGUAAUCGUUAUUUUGAAAGUAAUCCUUUCUCUCUUCUAUCAUUACCCACAUAACCCCCUUGUCACAGGCUGUGACUGAAGUUGCAAUUAAAAAUUAAGCAGAGAAUAUAUUUUAGUAUAUGUAGGCUCAAGUGCAGGGAAGCCUUUAAGUACGUGCCUGGUUUUAAGUGGCUGUACACGUGACGGCGUGAUCCAAGUCUUAAAUGCAGCUAGAUUUCAGUUAGGUUUAGGGCUGAAGGGACUUUGGCGACUACAAAUCCCAGGGAGCAUUGCCGUGAGCAGGUUUGUGCAACCGGAUUGGCAUCCUGCAGGGGCCAAUGGCUGGCAGGGAACUCCAGAAAAUUCAUGUGUGUCAGCUGCCAGUAUUAAAAAGCACUGGAGAGAGCUGUAGACCUGAGUGGAAAUUGCCCGUUUCCCCGAGAUACUUUUAAGCCGUUGCUCGAGCUUUGCAUUGACAGUCGGUUCGAACACCCGCCGUGCCGCGGCCAGGAGGAGCCCGCUGGCCGAGUGCAGAUGGACGCGAUUCUGGACUGCAGACCGGAUGAUUUGGAGGAUUACUACAACUUGCUGGGAUGCGACGAACUGUCUACGGUUGAACAAAUUGUUGCAGAAUUUAAGAUUAAAGCUCUUGAAUGUCAUCCUGACAAACAUCCUGGAAACCCUAAAGCAGUGGAGAAUUUCCAGAAGCUGCAGCAAGCCAAGGAGGUUCUUACUAAUGAAGAGAGUCGAGCACGUUACGAUUACUGGCGACGAAGCAAAGUUACCAUUCCGUUCCAGCAAUGGGAGGCCCUGAGCAGUUCUGUGAAAAUGUCAAUGCACUGGGCUGUCCAAAGUAAGAAGGACCAAAUGCUGGAAGCUCCCGACUUGAAUAAUAGCAACAACAAAACUAAUGAGAUUUGGACCCAACAGACUGAAAACAAUGAAGACGGGUUGUCAGAAGGGAGCAGGGAGCAAGAAGAUGUUGCAAUUCCUGAUGUGAAACCACAGUCUUCAAAGAGUCCAGACUCCCCAAGAUUUUCAGAGGCAAAUUACUGGCACUUGCGUUUCCGCUGGUCAGGGGAUGCUCCAUCAGAGCUUCUGAGGAAAUUCAGAAACUAUGAGAUCUAAAAGGCAAAAUGUGCAAGAGCAUGAGAUCAUCUGUUCAACAGUUCAGUAUUUUUUUUUUUUUUGGUCAGCAGUUAUAAGUUAUUUGUAUUUGGUAUUCAUUCGUUGUGAUGUGAACGUUUGAAUAAAUGUCUUAAUACUGAUUUAACACACAUGCUAUGAGCAUUACAGAUGGAGGUGGUUUUGUUUAAUAAGCAAACUUUAAUAAGCCAAGCCCUUUUCAGUAUUAACAUAAAGUGAUACCGUGAAGUUACCUAACAUAUAUUGUUUCUUGUAUUCUUAAAUAUUGUGUGGUGAAUAAUAUUUUUCUCAAUACAGUGAUCUUAUAGAGAAUGUACUCUCAGUAGAACCAAAAGUCAAUGUUAGACUCCAGCAUAUCAUCCUGUUCAGUGAUGGUCUUCCCAAAGCUGUAUGACAAUGAACUUUAAGCAAAACUGUGCUUAUUUCUGAACUACCUACUCCGGUUCAUUUCUCCAUUGCAUUGUGCUUACUGCAGUGAUUUAUAAUGCAUUCAUGCAGGAUACUAUUACAAACUUAACUUGUUGGAGAAUUGUGAUCUUGGAGAAUUGUGAUCUUAAGAUAUAGAUGAAGUAAGAACCCUCUUAUUACCCAAGAAGGUCAGUGUCGUAGGUCAAGCACUCUUAAAAAUCACUUGCGCUCUUUCUUAACAAGUACGUUUUUUUUGCACCAGCUAUUUAUUUCAGAAGGCAGUUCCAGAACUUCACUUCUCCAGUUAGCAACUUUCUUCUUAAGAUUUAUUGGUGGGCAACUGAUAUCCCCUGUAUGUGUGCCAGCAUUGUCCUGUGGCUUAAGAGUAAUUUCCCACCCUGCUCUGGCCUGGUAGACGGGGUCUUAUCAGGGUUUUGUAUGGUGAGAAAUGAAGAAUCAGGCCAGUCAGCAUUAAUGUGUACAGAAUCUCACAUGAAAGGUUUUUGAUAUUUUGGGCAACUUUUCAAAGUCUACAUUGUGUUUAUUUUGUAUUUGCUUUCUUCUUUGUAAACCUGGCUAAUAUGCCAGGUAUUGUCAUUGUGGUUUUGUGCAGACAAGUAAUUCCAUCAGCAACAAAUAAAACUGCAUGCAUACAGAAA